AUGUUUCGUCGUACGCAGCAGCGCGCCAUCUCGCAGUAUAACUUUGGUCAGCCGUCGCUGGCGCAUGCCUUCGGCCCCAUUCCGCGCGAGCGCCAGGCCGUGAAGGCGGGGCAGGUAAUAUCCACAAAGCUCCCCAACGGCGUCCGCGUAGUCUCUCACGACCUCGACGGCGCCCACAGUGUUGUCGGCGUCUACGUGGACGCGGGCCCGAAGUACGACCCGCUCGCGUGUCCGGGACUGAGCCACGUUAUGCGUUACGCCAUCCAGACCUCCAACAUGGACAACUCCCUCUUUCAGCUGGACCGUGCUAUGCGGUCGACCGGCAACGCGUACGGGCACGGCGAGAUCUGCAAGCGCUACCUCACAUGGAAGGCGGAGGGGCGCCGCGACAUGUGGGAGGGCCCCUUUGCGAUGAUCGCCACCGGUGUUGUUGCGCCGCGCUUCCAUGAGAGCGAUGUGGAGCGGUUUCGCGACACGAUGGACAACCAGUACGAGGAGCUGCGGUGGCAGCAUCCGCGCGAGUACUGCAUCGAUGCGCUCGAGACGGUGGCGUUCUUCAAAGAACCCCUCGGCUCCCCGCGCAUGGUGCCGCCCGAGGCAAAUGACCGCUGCAAUCAGAAGGCUCUCGUCGAACACUGGGCGGCGCACUUCCACCCCGGCAAUGUUACGGUGGCGGCGGUGAACGUCCCGCACGAGGCGCUGAUUGCGGCGUACGAGUCGCUGCCGUACCCGCACUCAGGCGAGGCGCCACACCACGCCAAGUCGCGCCCGCCCGCCUUUUCACACGGGAGCGAAGCGGCGCAGUUCUACCCCGGUCGCCAGGAGGUGGCGUACGAGGAACGCGCCAAGGCCAUGGGCACCAGCCCGGACAUGGACGAAGAGAUCGUCGCUGCUGUUGGGGUUCCGACACACGGCCGCGACGAGGACGUGCACAAGUACGCAGCGUCGCUUGUGGCGCGUGAGGUCUACCAGGCCUCCGUGGACCGCCUCACGCCGCCCGCUCUGGAGCCGCUGCAUGGCGUGCGCACGUUCUACCGCCCGUAUGCGUCGGCCGGGCUCAUCGGUGUUACAAUCCGCGGCGCACCAAAGGAGAUUGCGGGUCUCCUAGAUGCUGCGACGAAGUGCUACCCGACGACGGUGUCGGAGGACGCUGCGGCGGCAGGGCGAGCACGUGCUGCCAUGGACUUCAGACGCAACCAUUUAGAAAUGGUGCGUGACUACUGUGACUUCCUCGCCACCUCAAACGCCACCCCGGCGCAGCUGAUGGAAGCCAUCGAGAAGGUCACNGCGAGCAAGGUGGAGGAGGUUUUGAAUGCGGCGGGUGGGGUGCAGCCGGCAGUGUAUGUCACCGGCGCUACCCACACCUUCCCAAAACUGGCCAGUCUCAAGAAGGUGAAGUAA